UACGCCCUCCCUCGACCCAAUCCACAGGAAAGGGGGACAACACAAAGCCGACCACGCGCCACGAGCGCACGAGCACGAUUCAUCCGGUGCGUCGCGCGGCGGCUUCCAUCUCCGCGGCCGUGCUGACUCUGCCUCCAUGGCGUCCGUCUAUACCGCGCCCCUCGCGCCGCUGCCCGCCACGGCCGCCUCCUUCCCCUCCUCGUCCUCGUCCUCGCGGCAGCUGGACCCCAACCCUAGCCGAUUCCUCGCCGCGCACCGCGGCCAGCGCCUCCUCCGCGUCCGCCGCCUGGCGGGCGCCGCGCCGACCCGCCGCGCCUCCGACGCCGCCUCGGUGUUCCGGUGCGGCGCGCGCAGCUCCGGCGCGGACCCCGGCGGCGAGCCACGCCGAGGCUGGGACGCUCUCUUCCACGAUGCCCUCCAGGGCGCCGUGCGGCGGUGGAGCGAGUACGUCGGGAAUUACUGGCCCUCCGCACACCCCUCGAAGGAGGCGGGUCUCGCGAAGGGAGCGGAGAGUUCUCACGAACUGGAGGAGAGAGGGCAGGGAGUGGAGGAAGACGGUGAGGAGGUGGACGUGGUGCAGGAAGCAGGGAAGUGGAGCUGGGAGAGGUGGAAGCAGCACUUCGCCCUCAUUCAGGAGAGCGAGUGCCUUGUUGAUGAACUGCAGCUACAACUCCGCACUGCUGUGUGUAGAGAAGACUAUAGGAGUGCCCACAAACUGAAGUUAGCUAUUGCUGCUACAUCAAGAAAUGAUACUGUCGGCAGAGCAAUAUCUGAGUUACAUAGGGCCAUAGAAGAGGAGCGCUAUGUGGAUGCAGCUUAUAUUAGAGACCAAGCUGGUGCAGGACUGUUGGGAUGGUGGUCUGGGAUUUCUGGAAGUUUGUCUGAUCCAUAUGGUCUUAUAAUCCGUAUAAGCGCUGAACAUGGUCGAUACGUGGCAAAAAGUUAUGAUAUCAGGCAGCUGGCUUCAGAUGGCCAUGGUUACCCUAUAUUCGAAAUUUAUUUUGCAGAGGCAAAUGGAGGAUACAACCUGCAGGCAGUGCAUCUGAAACCAGAUGUCAGUGAUUCGGACCAGUUGCGAAACAUGUUGAGUGGAAAACUAGAUGUCAACAAUAUAAACAUAUCUAGCAGUUCCUUAGGUGCUAAACACGAGGAACACGAUGAAGGCAUAAACAUGGACGAUCAAAAUAGCGAUGAUAGUGAUGUUGCUGCUGGUCCAGCUGGUUUGAAAAACCUGUCAAAUGAUUCAACUCCAAUUCCCAGGAUCAAAAUAUUGAAGGUAGCGCCUAUGGAAAACAUCAACCAGGACUAUAUAAUUAAAAUAUUUGAUCAGAUUUCAGAGGAAGAUGAUGACAAUGAUGAAGCUGAGAUCGAAAAUGAAUCUUCACAAGAUAUUGGCGAUGAAGAUAACAAUGAAGAAGCAGGAACAAUUUCUGCAGAAGAGAAUAAUGAUGAGUCUGGUGAGGAAAGUGAUAUUGAAGCAUUGUUAUCGAUUGGAAUUGAAGUUGAUAAUGAUAAGGAUUUUGCUUCACAGUCCUCACCUAAAACGUUUGAACGCAUGCCAGCUAAAUUAGACAAGAGAGACCGCUUUUCAUUUACCUUCUAUACUGAACAAUCCAGUAAAAAGCCAGCUGCAGAAAAGGCUCAGCAGAUUCCGAGGAAGCGGGUUGGCUUCCGUACCACUGAGCAGGAUGGUGAUCUCAAGUUUGAUCGUGUAAAGUUGUCUGGGGGCAAUAGGAAACUACCGAUACUACAACUUGGUAUUAAGCAACUUAAUAACAAGGUUCAGCCAAAACUAUAUGGAGUUACCCACUUCAGCCGUAUUCAGAUGCCCAUCUCUUCAGAUCCUCUUAGUGGUCUAUAUGAGACUGCAUCUGGGUUUGACUCAGAAGUUCUUAGUUUACAACGGAAAUUUGGUCAAUGGCAGGAGGAUGAUUCAUCUGAGGAGCACUCGGAUCUUAAGUUUUAUGAGUAUGUCGAAGCUGCAAAAUUGACUGGGGACAAUCUUGUGCCAGCGGGUCAGGUUGUCUUCCGUGCAAAAGUUGGCAAACACUAUCAGCUUCCUCAUAAGGGGGUCAUCCCUAGAGAACUUGGAGUGGUUGCUAGGUAUAAGGGGCAAAGGAGGAUUGCAGAUGCUGGCUUCAAAAAUCCUCGAUGGGUUGACGGCGAGCUUUUGAUACUAGACGGAAAGUUCAUCAGAGAUGGUCCUGUGAUAGCUUUCUUCUACUGGACAUCAAAUCUCCAUCUUUUUGAAUUCUUUAGGCGGUUGAGUCUUCCUGACUAGUUUCAUUUGAAGAGACGCAGUUCAAGGACAUUCUGCAAUCACACAUGCUGACGUACAGUUGACGGAGGUGAUGUACAUACAAUUGGGCUCUCGCCGAGCAUCACAUUUUCCAUAUACGGGGAUCGUGGCGAAGAUGGCCCCACAGUAUGGUGGAUGAGAGGGUGAAGAAAUUUAUGACCAGAGAAAUAGCUCAAAUAGCCCACUGCCAACUUGAAUGGUGAGCAUUUCUCAUUCCACUUCUCUCAGCUGACCCACCCAAUUUACGAGUUGAGGCCAAAGACUUGCUGCAUUAGAAAGAGCCACCUUAUUUUGACCAGUCGAAUUGAAAUAUGUUAAAAAGAAAGUGAUGAGUGGGUUUUCAUUUUUGUCCUCCUCUUGGCAUUCUUCAUACAGGAACCCUUUUGUGAAAUAUAAGCAACAAUUGUGUGCAGAUUGUCAUGUGGUGUAACUAAGGUCACUAUUAUUGGUUCCAGAAAAGUGGAGCGGAGCAUUAAA